AUCUCUCUUCUCCCCUUAAAACCCUAAUCUGAAGUUCUUGAACAUUAUCAAAAGCCCCCAACUCUCUCUCUCUCUCUCUCUCUCUCUCUCUCUCUCAUCCAUUGAAGAAGACAACAGCUCGAGAUCAAUCCAAUACAAUGAGGAACCAAUGCCUCCGCCUUCUUCUCCUCCGCUGCCACCCUCCAUCCGCGCCUCACAUUUCUCAGGUACACCAUUUCCGCUCCUUCCCUUCCUCACUCCUCCACGCACCUGCACCUCACCCGAUCCCGAUUCCCUUCUCACUAACUCGCCAUUUCACCUCAUCCACGGACCCUGCCGUCGAGCUUCCCAAACCAAGGGCCGAUCAAGCUGCUCUAAUCGAAAUUUUCUCUAAACCUGAAAUUUCUAUUGACGCGAUUAAGUCCGAUUUAGAUUCUAAGAAUGUUAUCGUGUCGCAUGAUUUGAUUUUAGAAGUGUUAAAAACUCCCAAUAUUGACCCUGAUGUUGCCAGGCGGAUUUUUUAUUGGGUUUCGGGUAGUCAGAGGGAGAUUUUGAGCUGUAAUUCGUAUAAUAUGAUGAUUGGGAUCUUAGGGGGUAAUGGAUUUGUGAAGGAAACUUGGGAAUUGAUUAAUGUUAUGAAAAAGAAGCGGUACGGUGUGAAGAGGGGCGCAUUUGAUAGAAUUUCUGAGAGGUUUAUGAAAGAUGGGGCUAUUGAUGACGUUGAGAAGUUGAAGGCUGUGUAUGCAACGCGUUUCGGUGGCCGCAAGAGCAAGGAUGUGGCCGGAGGAGAUUCUGGUGUAAGUGACUGUGUUAGGGUUGGCGAGAUCAUUAGGGGACAAGUUUGGGGAGAUGAUGUUGAGAAAGAGUUGAAAGAAUUGGGUGUGGAGUUCUCGAGUGAUCUGGUCAAGGGGGUGCUGGGGAUGCUUGGAGGCGAUCCGAAUAAAGCUUUGAUUUUCUUUAGGUGGGUUGAGGAUAGCGGUGUGUUUAAGCAUGAUGAGCAUUCGUAUAAUGCACUAGCAAGAGUGUUGGGUAAUGAAGACCACAGUCAGAAAUUUUGGAGGUUCAUUGAUGAAAUGAGAAGUGAAGGGCAUGAGAUGGCGAGGGAGACCUAUGUUAGUGUCUGUAAGCAGUUUCUUAAGAAGAAAAUGAUAGAGGAUGCUGUGAAUUUGUUCGAAUUUGCAGCGAAUGGUGUGAAUAAGCCGUCUGUUGAGGACUGCACUUUGCUUUUGAAGAAAAUAGUUGCCAGCGAAGAACUAGAUAUGGACUCGUUUCUGAAAGUUGUUGAGGUCUUCAAGGCUAAUGGAAAUGCGUUUACUGAUAAUAUCGUCGAGGCACUUGUCAAAUCUUUGAUUAGUGUGGGGAGGAUGAAUGAGUGCAAUAGCAUAUUGGCAGAGUUGAUGGAGGCUGGUUAUGUCCCUUCUGGUGAUGUGCAGCGUAAGAUUGCGUUUAAGCUCAGUAAGUAUGGAGACACAGGAAAGGCGCUGGAGUUUGUGGAUAAGAUGAUGGCUUCCUUCGAUUAUUCACCUUGGAUAUCUUUAGUUAAAGGAUUCUGCGAGGAGCACAAUCUGGAUGGAGCAUCUAUUAGCGUUGAAAAGAUGGUGAAGAAACUAGGUGCCUCCUCUUGUGGCGGGCGCCCUAUAGACUUGUUGGUCGGCGCAUACUGUCAGCAAAACAGGCCAUUGGGGGCAUACAAGUUUGUUAAGAAGAUGGUUAAUGAGAAAUUCUUAAGGCCAAGGCACACGUUGUACAAAACACUAACAAGGAGGCUAUUAGCCAGAAAACAUUUCAAAGAAGCUCUAGAUGUUAUGUGUAUGAUGAAGAACCAAGGCUACCCUGCCGAUGUGGAUUCCUUCAUCCCGUACCUUGCCAAGAAAGGAACUACUGAAGAAGCUGUUGCAUUUACACAGGGCAUGACUUCGAAGAGAUCUCCAGCGAUUCCUUUUUUCCUUCGGUUGUUUGAGGCGUAUCUCUCAGCCGGAAGACAGUCUCAGGCGCACGACUUCCUUGCAACAUGCCCAGGAUAUGUUAAAGAUCAUGCUGAUGUUUUGGAUCUGUUCACUUCUAACAUGUCGGGUGCAGCCAAGAAGAAGGCUGCGGAUGUUGCGGUGUAGUGUUUAGAUGUGAUAGUUUUGUUUUUUGGUACACUAUUAGUAAGGAAGGGGAGUGGGAGGUCUUCAUGCUUUUAAAAUGUUUGCCAAUUUAUUCAAUAUUGCAGGAUUUGCUGAAUCUUGAUAUGAACUGAUCAAUAAUGUAAUAGACUGGAUUUUCUCCCCUUGGAA